AUGACGGCGAGUAUAACACGUGGUGUCCGCAUUCGCAUCAAAGCUACAUAUUUCGACGAAAAUGAUGGCCACAACACCUGGAGUCGCAAACAUUUUGGUGAUAACUACGAUAUAAGUUAUUGUUGGGGUACAGUAAGAAAGGUAGAAAACAACUAUGCUAUGGUAUAUUGGGAAAUUGACAAAAAAAUUUCAUUGGUGCCCGUUGGAGUUCUGAUUGCUGAUAUCGAAAACGAUAAUUUAUUGGAAGCAAAUACUAAUGAAGAAAAUUAUGAAUCCAUGUUCGCCUGGUACGGAAGAGGUGCGUACUUCAAAGACGAGAUGCCAGCAGUUAUGAAAAUUAAAAGAAAACCAAAAGGAGUGGGUUGUGAAGUAAAAAUAGCGUGUGAUAGUAAUACAAACAUUAUGAUGAGAUUCGAAAUUAAUGAGGGUAAAGAAGCAAUGAGUACGAAGAAAUAG